AAGGCUUGUUCGUAUGGUCACGGCGGGAUAUAUGCUCCAUCUUCAUACUGGCGCACCCGUGACUCUGAAAACGCAAUCCAUCCAAAGUGCUCUACAGCCUAGCAAAUGCCACCAUGUCCAUGUCCUCCUAGCCCUACCAGCCUCAGACUUACAUCUAACGUUCUACCAUGCGUCAGGACAAAGGUUUAAGGUGGGCUUAAAGAUUAUUCACUAAAGGAGCUCAAAUUGCCCAACAGUGUAAGGUGGAGAUUCACUGAUUCAAAAUGCCUCCUGCUUCUCUUGUCGCCCACUUGCUACAUCAACAAACUUUAUUUGAUUUAACGAGAGCAUAGAUUCCUUCACACUCCAGGGGUGCCGAUUCCCCACUGCACUUUACUCUGAGCAUUAUGCAACCUUGGGAAUCCGUGGUCAUUCUCAUGGCGCUUUGUCGUACAUUGUAACAGUGGAGUUUGGAUUUGGAUACUAGUACUUUUAAAAGUCCGCUUUUUAGGGCAACUGGUGUUACUGGUGCAGGCAGCAUGAAAACCAGUGCCUUUCAUGGGCUAAAAGAACAAGGCAGGCGGUAAUGAGAGGUGUCCUCAUGCAGGUCUACGGGAAAGAGUCGGGUAGUAAGAGUAGUAAGAGCAGUAAGAGCAGGAGCAGGAGCAGAAGCAGAAGUAGGAGCAGGAGCAGGAGUAGGAGUCCCAAUGCAUCGGCAUCGCCCUCGCCUUCGCCGCCUGCGUCUCCGGGAAGGACAAGACGGGUGAAAUAUGCGCGAUGUAGCAGUGGCAAUAAGAGCAGCCGUAUGCAGCAGGUGGGCGGGGGAUUGGCAUCGGCAGUGCCAUUGCCACCUGCCAAAUUCAUGCAGAAGCUGGUGUGCUUGGUGGUGUCGCUUCUGUUGAAAAGGCAUGCAGUGUUGUUGGUGGCGCCGCUGGUCUACAUUUCGGGAAUGCUGCUCUACAUGGGCACCAUGUCAUUGGAGACGCCCGGAGUGGCCCAGCAGCCCACUUCCGGAUCGCACUAUCGCAGCCCUCUGGUUUUCCGCAAUCUCUGGCCUGCAAUGCAGGUUUAUCACAACAAUCUCUCUUCUGCCUCUGACGUGCUUAUGACAGCGUGGCAACAUCCCAGGCAGGGAGAAGAAUGGAUACCUUGUAUAAACCGUACAUUGAGUAGAGGAUUAGCACAUUCUACUGGUUAUAUAAUUAUUGAAGCAAAUGGUGGUCUGAAUCAGCAGCGCACAUCGAUCUGCAAUGCAGUAGCGCUGGCAGGCCUUCUGAAUGCAACUCUUGUGAUUCCCAAGUUCCACUUUAACAGUAUUUGGCAAGAUCCCAGCAAGUUUGGAGACAUAUAUGACGAGGAACAUUUUAUAAGAACUUUGAGAGACGAUGUAAGGAUAGUGAGAGAGCUCCCACAAGAUUUAAUGGAGAGGUUUGACUACAAUACAAGCAAUAUCUUAAAUUUCAGGAUUAAGGCUUGGUCUUCUGUCGACUACUACUUGCAAAAGGUUCUUCCCAAAUUACUUGAUACUGGUGUGAUCCGGAUAUCUCCCUUUGCAAAUCGAUUGGCAUCAGAGGUCCCAUCCAACAUACAGCGUCUCCGAUGUUUGGCUAAUUAUGAAGCAUUAAAAUUUUCUGAGCCCAUUGCUUCACUUGCAGAAAAGUUAGUAAAGCGCAUGACCAGGGCAAGCUCCAAGCAUAAUGGGAAGUUUAUAUCUGUUCAUCUUCGGUUUGAAGAGGACAUGGUAGCUUUCUCAUGCUGUGUUUAUGAUGGAGGAGAGGCAGAGAAGCUUGAAAUGAAUGCUGCACGUGAAAGAGGAUGGAAGGGCAAAUUCAAUAGAAAGGGUCGCGUCAUUAGGCCUGGGAUGAACAGGAAGAAUGGGAAAUGUCCUCUUUCUCCAUUGGAGGUAGGCAUGAUGCUUAGAGGCAUGGGCUUUAAUAAUAACACAUCAAUAUAUUUAGCAUCUGGAAGAAUAUACAAGGCAGAGAAAAACAUGGCUGCACUCCAACAGAUGUUUCCCCUGUUACAAACGAAGGAAACACUUGCAUCUCCAGAAGAACUGGCCGCAUUUAAGGAGUACUCCUCAAGGAUGGCUGCAUUAGACUAUACAGUUUGCUUGCACAGUGAAGUUUUUGUUACUACCCAAGGAGGCAACUUUCCACAUUUUUUGAUGGGUCAAAGGAGAUAUCUUUUUAGAGGGCAUGCUAAGACAAUCAAGCCAAACAAACGCAAAUUGGCCCUACUUUUUGAUAAUCCAAAGAUAAAAUGGGAGACUUUUAAGCGGCAAAUGCAAACAAUGCACCGCCAAAGUGAUAUUAAAGGUAUUGCACUCAGAAAGGUCAAUGGGUCGAUAUAUAACUUCCCCAUGCCAGAUUGUAUGUGUCACCAGAAUGAGGGAAAACUCAGUGGCACCAACACCUGAAUCUGCACCUAAGGAGGCAGGAUUUUCUUUCAACAUUCUGAAACUCUAUUGGAGGGUGCUCAUGACCUUCUAAUCUACUUGACUGAGUACAAUAAUCUUUUUGUAUUAAUACCGCGCAAUUCAAAUGGUCUGUACUCAAGUGAAAUUCACAUUGUGUGCAAGUCAGCAAUGCUUCAGAUUUAUUGUCUAGGAUUGGACUAGAGUGGAUUGGAUCUAUGAUUUAGUAUCUAGUUGACAGUUUACGUUGUAAAUCAUGUCAUUAUUUCCUGGUUGUACUUGUUCUAAGCAUUCAGAGUCCCCAAGAAAGAUGUCUAGAAGGGAAGCUGUAUAUUAUGAUUGUACAAUUUUAAUGAAACAGGAAUUGAUCACAUUUGUCAAAUGUCUGGUCCAUUUGUAAAACUGAAAUGGAGGAAGAGUACAAAGCCACAAGGUUGACAGGUAGUUUUCUUCACAUUGUAAUAUUUGGCUCAAAUUGUCGAGAAGAGAGAAGCUUGCUUCUUAGUCUUCCGAAACCCUUUCCUUCGCCGAGCGAUAAGCAUUUGAUCAAAUCCAAUUGGAUGGCUUAGACAGACCAUGCAAGCAUUGUGUAGGUCUCAGGCCAAGGGAAGAGGUCUAUAUUAUUGAUUAAGUGAUCUAAAAGCAUUCAAGUUAUAUUUGAUCAGGUGUUCGGCCAUUCCAGUCUAUUGCGCAACCCAUCUCCGAUAGGCAGGUGACCAUUGUUUGGAGAUUGCCAAUAAAAGUUGGUUUUUUAUGAAGUCCACAA